UUACAGCACACACUAAUCUAAUCAGAUUCAACCCCAUUCCAUUCCAUCCCCUCCAUGUUCACAAAAGAAAAAGUGAAGCCACCGCUCAGUCUUCGCUCUGCUCGUCGUUCGCUCGUAAAGAACAAAAUAUCAACACCCGUCGGUAUACCAAUCACCCAUCACGCCUCAUUAGCUGCUCCAAAGAAGAUCAUCAAGGCACUGUAUGAUUAUCAGGCACAAGGCCCCGACGAGCUCUCAUUCUCCGAAGGCGACUUUUAUCAUGUUACUGCCCGAGAAAACGAUUCAAAAUGGUUCGAAGCUUGCAACCCUGCCACUAAUACCAAAGGACUUGUCCCAGUUGCAUUUUUCCAAGUGCUUGAUAAGGCAGAACGGAAUCUUGCUGUAGCACAACCAUUGAAUGAUCUUAACAUCAAAUCAGACUCUGGGUUUUCCGAUUCAGCAGAUACAAUGUUACCCACUCCUUCUAAAAAGACUUCACACUUGUAUGGCGUUGUUCUCUACGAUUUUCAAGCUGAAAGAUCUGAUGAAUUGAAUGCCAAGGAGGGUGAACCGAUCAUAGUGAUUGCUCAAUCUAAUCCCGAGUGGUUUGUGGCCAAACCAAUCGGUAGAUUGGGUGGUCCUGGUCUGAUCCCAGUUUCAUUUGUCCAAGUCAGAGAUGCAGUUUCUGGCCAGAUAAUUACCAACGUAUCUAAUCUCAGGCAGACAUCUUCAAACUUCAUUCCUAAUGUAGAAGAAUGGAAAAAGAUGACACAAGGCUACGAGGCCUCUAGUAUUCCUCUUGGUCGCAUCGAUAAACAGCCACAACAACAACUCCAAACACAACAACAAUCCCAAUCACAAUUCCAAUCUCCAAUUCAAGAUACAAUUAAUGAGGGAAGAUCAGUUAAGAGUGGAUCUUCAUGGUCUACUCGAUCCUCUGCAAGCCAACCAAUUGUAAUGGCAGCCACGGUGGAAAGAAACAUGCCAUCUAAACAGCCAAUUGAAGAAGAACAAUUGGAUGAUAUGAUGGACAUUUAUGGCUUGAAACAUAUCGCUAGUCCUACCCACCGCCCUCUCUCGGAAGAAUAUCUGUCACGCCACAACAGUACUUCUCGGUCAAGAACAGCAACUGCCGAUGGCACUCAACACACACAGGCUGUGGUUGUUUCAGCUGUUAUCGACUCGUUUAUUUUGGAAGGAGAUCAGUAUUGGUUUGUAGUUUAUACCCGCCUCAGUAAUAAUACCCAUCGAAUUCUAUAUCGUCUUUAUGAAGACUUUUACGACUUUCAGAUCAAUCUGUUAAAUGAUUAUCCCGUAGAGGCUGGAAAAGCUAAACGUGAACGAAUACUUCCUUACAUGCCUGGUCCUUUAGCUGUCAUUGACCAGGAAAUUACAGCUGAGCGCCAACGCGAUUUGAAUACUUAUUGUAAAGAUCUUCUUGGGCUUCCCCGCUAUAUAUCUGAGGGCGAUCUUGUUCAGGUCCAGUUAUUUGGUAUUCAUGAGGGCGACAUUGAAACCGACCAUGACCCUCGCAGCGAUCCUGCUAUGUUUACACAGCAACCCCAACAGUCCGUGUCACAACCUAUGCCUGGUGCUAUUGUUGGUGGGGCUUAUUAUGACACUAUCAAGAUCAAGAUUGUUCACAAGGAUGACAUUUUUGCCAUAAAAGUGCCUGCUAAUACCACACUGGAUGUGUUGCGGGACAGAAUUCACGAUCGACUUGGAUUUAAUGUCCAGCUGAACUACAAGGACGAGAUUACAGGUGAAAGUAUGGAACUUUCGGAAGAAAGAGACAUGGAAGAAGCAUUUGCAUCCGCUGUUCAACGUGGCAAAUUAACAGUUUUCGCAACCUAAAUUCUAAUCCUAAAACAAACAAACAAACGAAAAAAAAAUUAUACUCCUUUACAGCACACAAACACAUUUUAUAUUGUAUACAAGCAUAAUCUUAUCAUGAUAAUUAUAUUCCAAAAUUCUUUAAUCCACAAAAAUCAACUAUACUUAUACUUAUAUUUAUAUUUAUAUUUAUAUAAAACACCAUAAAAAUAAUAGAAGUAAAAUGAGAAAUGUACCAAAUAUUCUAUUUUAUCUCUGUCUUUCUUUCUUUCUUUAAUAUAUAAAUGUAAUAUAUCCAUGC